CGACGGUCCCACUAAUUAAGCCCACACGAUAAUAAAACGCCUGAAAUUGUUUAAUUUUUUUGUAAAUAAGCUUGGGAGAAUUACAGGAGGCGUCGUCAUGAAUCAGUUCCACACUCCCUCUUUCGGCGACGAGGUGUUCGAGCUGAACGACACACCGGCGGAGAGUCCGAACCAAGCCUCGCGGAGAAUGCUUAGCCUGGAUCAGUCCAUGUUGAACGACGAUGACGAGGAGGAUUGCGACACAUAUGGCAGCGGAGUAGGUGGAGGCGGAGGACACAGCUUGCUGGCCCAGCCGGAGCAGCAGCAGCAACACCAGCCUCUGGCACAAGCGCCACCCAAACCCCUGGCGCCCUUUGCACUGUUUUUCCGCGACACAGUGACAGCCAUUAAGCAGCAAAAUCCCGCCUGUUCGCUGGAGCAGAUGCAGGUGAUCGUGCAGACCAUGUGGGAGUCGCUGGACGAGACGCAAAAGAAUAUUUACAGCCAGCGGCACGAGCAGGAGAAGCGCGACUAUGUGCGUUUGAUGCGGGGAUACCGCUACCAGCUGUCCGAGUCGGAGGCCACGUCGGAGUUGGAGGCUCCGCCAGCAGUAGCUGCCCCCAGCCACAAAUGGCAGUCGAUGCCGCAUCCGCUAGUCACACCCAAAGUGGAGGCUGUCGAAGCACCAGGGCAGGCAGUGACUGCCCAGCAACCGCCCCCCGAACAGAUUCAACUCCUCACCGAAGCGGCGAGGGUGCAAAAGUGCACCCGAGAACAAUGCAACAAGCCGGCCAUUAUAAAUCCGGAUUGGGAAGACGAGUACUGCAGCAACGAGUGCGUGGUCAUCCACUGCCGGAAUGUUUUCAACGACUGGGUGCUAACCAUGAAGACUUCGCCCUCGUAGCCACACCACCACCACUGGCAAGUGAACCCGCGCCUAGGCUUAGUCUAGGUUUUAGCUCUAAUUUGACCGCUGCACUGCUCCCCCGAUGAGUCAGCGAUCGCCGUGUCGUAUAUCACUCGGGAAUAUACGACUGAGAGGCAGUGUGCGAUACGAUUGUUAUUGUAGUCCCAGUUUCGGUUGUAAUUAGCAUCUGUGUGGAGUCUGAAUGAAUGCGAGACACGAUUUGUAUGAUACUCUAAUUGUAGUAAAUAAAUCAUAACAUUAACGAUAGAUAAUAUAGAACGGAAUACAAAAUAAAUAACAUUUAGAAAAUAUUGAAUGUGAGGCACAAUGUUUAUUAGUUUUCAAUAGCUUCUUUCAACGUAGCUACAAAUGAUUGCAUUUGAUAAAUACAAUUCAUAUUUUAAAUAUAGAAUAAGUAAUAGAUCUCUAUUUUUAAGGAUCUUUUGUUUUUUAGAAUUUCUUGGCAAUAAUAGUUUUUGGUUCCAAUUCCCAAUACUAAAAUAAGUAAAAGUCUUGGUUUAUAUGGUAACUUUUAAUAAAUACACACAUUUAUUUCUCUUGCA